AUGGGAGGGUUGCCGGAUUACCGGACCUCGUCACCACUUAUCGCCUUCAGCAAGGUGACCAUCGACUUUGCCGGUCCAUUUCUGACGCGCCAGGGACGAGGCAAGGUGCAGCAGAAGCGGUAUAUCUGCGUAUUCUCGUGCCUGCUGACCAGAGCGGUACAUCUGGAGCCCGUCAACUCGCUCGACACAGAUGGGUUCCUGAUGGCGAUGACCCGAUUCUGCAAGAGGCGUGGAACCCCGGAGUUCAUAGUGACAGACAGCGGGUCGAACUCCACCGCCGCAGAGCGACAGCUGCGCGAAGCCACCUGCACGAUAGAUCAAGACCGCCUAACCACCCACUCCGAGCUGCGAGAUGUACAGUGGCAUUUCAACCCACCGAGAACGCCCCACUUCGGUGGUGUAGUAGAAACGAUGGUCAAGGCAGUCAAACGCGCACUCUGGCAUGUGCUGCACCAGGCUGGCCUCACGGAUGAGGAGUUCUCAACAGCGCUGGUACAUGCCGAGGCAAUGCUGAAUUCCCGUCCCCUUACCACCGUAUCAUCUGACAGCGACGAUCCAGAAGCGUUGACGCCAAACCACUUCCUGAUGGGACGCGCGGCUGCAGUCACACACCUCGAGGCGGAGACAGAGGAUCUGGAGAAGGUCCACCCCAGACGGCGCUGGCUGUUUCUACAAGUGCUGACAAGGCAAGUUUGGAAGAGGUGGCUGCGCGAGAUGGUCCCGGCGCUAAACGUCCGGUCCAAGUGGUACAGGAAGGCAAAAGACGUCGAGGAGGGUGAGGUCUUCCUUGUCAUGGAUGAGAGUACUCCGCGCGCGACAUGGCCUCUGGGACGCGUCACAGCCACAUACCCAGGGCAAGAUGGUGUCGUCCGUGCAGUCAACGUGAAGAUCAAAGGCAAGGAGUAUCGACGAUCAGUUCAUCGCCUCAUCCCACUGGAGGUAACAGAGGGUGAGGUGGAGCUCGACUCCGAGAACUGCCCAGCCACAGCCAACGUCAAUGUGGACAAUGUCACCAGCUGA